AUGCCACCGUCGCCACGCAAGUCGGCAUGGGCACGCCCUUCGGCUUCUAGCUCAGCCUCUAUUUCAACAUCUGCCUUUCCUGACCUGGCUUCGGCGGCUCAGCAGCCUCGCUCACGUCGCGCUCGCGCAGCACGCUCGAUGUGGGAAGAAACAACGUCCACCUUCAAUCCGUAUCCUUCCCGCAUCGAUGAGUUGAAUGCACGCGCAUCGCAGUGGCGCAAUGCAGGGCGCACAGCGCGACCUAUUGUGGAUACUCCCAGCGAGCGGCAGGAGGAUGACGAAGAGGAGGGCGAUACGUUCCUUGAUCUACGUCGGCCUCGUACGUCGCCACCCCCCCUCCCUGUGCAUGGCGUAGCCAGCAUUGUCGUGCGUGACAAGGCGCCAAGUGGCCAGAUGGGCGCUUGGGCCCAUAUGUACUAUGGCCAAGUUACCGGCUCUGUGGUAGCACACUGGGAGACGUUGCAUGCCUCGCACACGGCGCCAUGGCGUAGUAUGCCACCCACGUUGGCGUCCCAGGAGGCAUGGCUGGACGAUGCCAUCGCUUCCAUUCGGGCCAAGGCUCGCGCUCCACAAAAAAGGGACGACUCGCCGAUUCCGUCGGAUCCGUGUCCUUUGCCUGCAUCGCUCAGAGACCUGGAGUCACUACAAGCGCUGGGGCCUACCAUAGCCACUUGGCUGCAAUCACCGGCAACAUGGACAUUGUUCACGGAGACGCACCAAGCCGUAUCGCAACUGCUUUAUCUUUGUGCCUCUGAUACCCUUCCUCACGAGGUACGCGAAACGUGGCGCGCUAGCUUUUCAUCAGCGUUGGACGUGUGUGCCUCGCGCUUCGAUGCUACAUGUGUGCCUACCAAGCCGAUGGUCGUCCUCUCUGCCCUGCUUGUCGCUGGGGCCUGCAACUCACAUGCGUGUGUAGAUGCCUGGGUCGUGCACAUGGACGCCUCGAUGCGUGCUGCCAUGGGUGCAAUGGAUGCAGAGGCGUUUGCACAGCUUCUUGAUACGCUUACGACGACGCUUAGCUGGCACUGGGCCUCGAUGAUAACAGCAUCAGCCACUACUUCUCCAUUUACGCGCGCACCGAUCCCUUGGCUCGUUCGUGCGCUCAUGUAUGCUUGGCAAGCCAACGAGGUACGCCCGGUGCGUAUUCCCUCGCUUCGUUUCUAUGUCGCCGCGACGGAGUUGCCUUCCAUCGUGCACGAGUAUACGUUGUGGCUGCAUGGAGCUGCAACUCUGUGCGAUGCGCCGUUCUUACUCACGCUGGGUGCCAAGGCCCAACUUCUUGCAUGGGAGGCCCAGUGUGCGAUGCGUCAAGCGUCGCAUCACGCAUGGCUUGAUGCGAUGGAACGGCCAGCCGGCGUGGCGCCACCGUCGCCCUCUGCGUCUACAGGCACAUGGGACGUAUCCGUCUUGCGCUCGCACAUGGUAGACGAUGCGCUAGAUGCAUGGCGGGACGUGCCGUACGGCGCUGUGCACCGUCCUUUGCAUGUGACAUUUCGUGAUGAGCCGGCGCAGGAUGCGGGCGGGCUACGCAAAGAGUGGCUCCAAGUGCUCUGUGACGAGCUCCAGCAUGAUGCGUGCUGGUACGAUCUUGGGACGCAGGAGCCUAGUAUGCAAGGUAUCCUAUUCCUUGAUCCAUCUGCCGUGUCGUCGCCCAGUGCCCUGGACCGAUUGAGCUUGCUAGGCGCUAUCAUGGGCCUUGCGCUCUUCCAUCAAAUUACAGUGCCGCUGCGUCUGCCCCGUGCGAUGUACACGCUUCUCUUGGCGUUAGCGCAGAACGAGGCUGUGCCAUGCACACUUGAGACACUGGACGAUGUCCAGCCCACGUUGGCGGCCGGACUGCGCCAGCUUUUAGCCUGCGACGCGAGUCAAGUUGCAGCGAUGCACUUGACAUGGCAAGUGGAUUCGCUGCAUGGCUCGCAUCCUCUGUGCCCCGAUGGUGCUACACGCGCUGUGAUCGCAAGUGAGCGACAAGCUUACGUCGCACGGCUGUGCACCUACUUUUUGUGGGAGCAGAUUCAAGUGCCUUUGCAAGCCCUUGCGCGCGGGUUUGCCACUAUCGUGGGGGCGGCUGCGCCACGCUCGCUGCUUGCGCUCCUCUCUGCGGCCGAGCUGGAGACACUGUUAUGUGGACGGGACGAAAUGUACUUGGACGUUGAAGCGUUGCGGGCGCAUACAGAACUGGUCGGUUUCCCAGACCGGUCUAGCAACGAAGCAGCCUCGGUGUAUGCCAAUCUGGAUGCCUUCUGGGCAGCCUGGACGCACCUGCCACCUGACGAGCAGCAUGCGUUGCUGGGCUUCAUUACUGGGUGUACCCGUGUUCCGGCGCUAGGUCCACGUGUACUGGGACUGCGUCUUCAUCAUGUGGACGCGGAGGUGGGCGCGGCGCGGGUGCCAUGGAGCAGUACCUGCACAUCUACCUUGUUCUUGCCUGUGUACACCAAUGCCUCGACGCUGGAGGCCAAAUUGCGGAUUGCCCUGCGGCACAGUACAGGGUUUGGCUUAGCCUAG